CAGAAAUUGAUAAGAUUUCUACUUGCACACCACGAUUUCUCUAAAAGAGACAAUUCAACUGACGACUUUUUGCACCUUGAGUUCUACUAAAGACCUACUGUCACUGACAAAAGGACUUUUACAUGGAAAAUAUGGACCAACGUCGUAAGGGGACAAACCCCGUCCGGCCCAGCAGCCCGCGGCCCAUCCACCGUAGGAUCCCAGCGGCAGCGUCCCAGAGUGGCUUCCCACCUGGCACUGACGCUGGCUCCUCAGCUGGAAAGCCGCUGACUCUGGAGAUGGCACUCAAUAAUCCUCAGCCGUUGUGGGACGGCCCAAAGCCGCAGUGGGUGAAAAACAUGGAGGUUUGUAUGGAAAGGAGAAAGGUGUUUGGCGGCUGGCACAAGAGUGCCACUCAGCCUGCAGGUAAGCCUGACUAUGGUUUCUCUAAGCCCCGGCCAAAAACUCCUUAUGGCUCCCCACAUUUCUACAGCUUUUCGCCUUUUCCUUCGCCCUGUUGCUCCCCGUGUGGCUCUGAAUCUGGAUCUCCAAGUGGCUCCCCACUUGGCUCUAACCCUGGCUCUUUAAGUGGCCCCCCUUGUGGCUCUAAACCUGGCUGUCCGUGUGGCCCCCCUUGUGGCUCUAACUCAGACUCUCCAUGUGGCUCCCCACGUGGCUCCAACCCUGGACUGCCAAGUGGCCCCCCUUGUGGCUCUGACCCUGGCUGUCCAAGUGGCUCCCCACUUGGCUCUAACCCUGUCUCUUUAAGUGGCCCCCCUUGUGGCUCUAACCCUGACUGUCAAAAUGGCUUCCCACGUGGCUCCAAGCCUGGUUUUCCAAGUGAAUUGCCACAUAGUUCUAACCCUCGUUCUCCAUGCGGCCCCCCUUGUGGCUCUAACUCUGACUCUCCAUGUGGCUCCCCACGUGGCUCCAACCCUGUACUGCCAAGUGGCCCCCCUUGUGGCUCUGACCCUGGCUGUCCAAGUGGCUCCCCACUUGGCUCUAACCCUGUCUCUUUAAGUGGCCCUCCUUGUGGCUCUAACCCCGGCUGUCAAAAUGGCUCCCCACGUGGCUCCAAGCCUGGUUUUCCAAGUGAAUUGCCACAUAGUUCUAACCCUCGUUCUCCAUGCGGCCCCCCUUGUGGCUCUAACUCUGACUCUCCAUGUGGCUCCCCACGUGGCUCCAACCCUGUACUGCCAAGUGGCCCCCCUUGUGGCUCUGACCCUGUCUGUCCAAGUGGCUCCCCACUUGGCUCUAACCCUGUCUCUUUAAGUGGCCCUCCUUGUGGCUCUAACCCCGGCUGUCAAAAUGGCUCCCCACGUGGCUCCAAGUCUGGUUUUCCAAGUGAAUUGCCACAUAGUUCUAACCCUGGCUCUCCAUGUGGCCCCCCUUGUGGCUCUAACUCUGACUUUCCAUGUGGCUCCCCACAUGGCUCCAACCCUGGACUGCCAAGUGGCCCCCCUUGUGGCUCUGACCCUGGCUCUCCAACUGCCUUCCCUUCUAUCUCUGACUCUAGCUCUUCGAGUUGGUUCCCUUCUGUCUCUGACUCUGGUUCUCCAUGCGGCUCUCCAAAAGACUCGCCACAUGGCUCUGACCCUGUCUCUCCAUGUGGUUCUCCAAAAGGCUCCCCACAUGUCUCUGACCCUGUCUCUCCAUGUGGCUGUCCAAAAGGCUCCCCACAUGGCUCUGACCCUGGCUUUCCAGGUCCCUCCCCUUGUAUCUCUGACUCUAGCUCUUUACGUUGGUUCCCAUCUAUCUCUGACUCUAGCUCUCCAUGUGGCUCUCCAAAAGGCUUGCCACAUGGCUCUAACCCUGUUACUCCAUGUGCCUCCUCACGUGGCUCUGAGCCUAGUUCUCAAAGUGGCUCCCCACAUGGCUCUCACCCUGGCUCUCCAAGGGGCUCCCUAAAUGGCUCUGACCCUGGCUCUCCUGUGGCCUCCAGUGAGCUUCCACUUUUAUGGAGCAACCCAGAGCUUAAGUGGGUGAAGAACAUGACCCUUUUGAUAAGGAGGGGAAAACCAUUUGGCAGCAAGAGAACCACUGAACCUGCAGGUAAGUCUGGUCCUGGUUCUCCAAGUGGCUCCCCACCUUGCUCUGACUCUGGCUCUUCAAGUGGCUCCUCUUGUAGCUCUGACUCUGGCUCCUCGAGUGGCUCCCAUUGUAGUUCUGACACUAAGUCGACCUUGAAAAAGGAGGGAUGCCGGACCUCUAGGGCGUCAGAUGAUCCUACCAAGAUCCCUCAAACAACGCUAAAGAGGGUGACCUACUCUGACCAACCUCAGGUACCCACUUCAUCUUUGAAAGCAGGCCCCUCUAGAAGACCAUGUGCACCUAGUGCUCCUCUGCCGUCAUGGAGGGGCCCUGAGCAGAAGUGGGUGAAGAACAUUAGGAGUUUAUUGAACAUGAGAAACCAGGGCAGGGGGCGCAAGAGAGCCGCUACAGGUAAGUCUGCUAGUAAGUACUUUUGUCAUUAAAUUGAUUUUUAAUUCAGCUCUUCUGAUUUUAUCGUGCUAAAUUGUGUUGAAUGUAUUUGAAUAACUUUGCUUUUAAUCUUUUGAAUUUUUAUUUAAUUCAUUUGAAUUGAUCUGAGUUUAUUUAAAUUGAAUUUAUUAAUUGCCUGGAAUUUAAAUGCUUGGAAUUCAUUUGAAUUAUUUGAUUGAUUUUUUUGUAUUUAUUUGAAUUGAACAGAAUUUAUAUGAAUUGCAAUGAAUUUAAUUGCUUUGAAUUGAUUUCAAUUGGUUUGAAUUAUUUGAAGUAUUUGAGUUGAAUUCAUUUAAAUUGAACUGAUUUUUUUAUGGACUUUAUUUGAAUUGCUUUGAAUUACUUGGAAAGGAAAUGCUUUACAUAGUUUUCAGUUGAUUAUAAUUUAAUUAAACUAAAUUAUAUGAAAUAUAAUUAGAUGAAAGGACAUGUUCUGGUUAGAUCCGAGUCCUUGUUGCUGCGUAAUGACUCAGGCAGGGUGUCUGCACAGAGGGAGUGUGAUCGGGGGGGAUAGCGUGAAUCUCCAACGUGUUAGGCCCUCUCAGGGAAGCUCCCUUGUGCAGAGACAUAAAAGGAUGGUGACACCAUGUCAAGGAGGUUCAUAUGUCUGUCGACGCCCACCCUAGACCAAGAAGAGUCUGCAUUGCAGGUUAUUGCGUUAGUAACGGAAGGAGUGCAUGCGCCCAUAUACAGAGGUUCACUCCUCGAUGCAGUGGCCGCAGGUUCGACCCCGCCCUGCGGCCCUUUGCUGCAUGUCAUUGCCCCUCUCUUUCCCCUUUCAUGUCUUCAGCUGCCCUAAUAAAAUAAAGGGCUAAAAUGCCCCAAAAAUAGAGAAGAGAGAGGCAAUAUUAAGCUGUAACCCUCUUGUAAAAGGUAGACAUUCUUUUUUAUUGUAUAAUUAAAAUGAUGAAGAGAGAAUAUUCAUGUUUACCUUUAUUCUUUUCCAAAUGUAACUACUUCCUGUUGUCUGCAGUUGUUUUUUUUACAGAGAGGACGCAGAGGAGGGGGAAGAUGGCAAAAUUAAGCUUCAACCCUUUCAUGUAAAAGGUAAAUAUGAAUUUCUUUAUUGUUAUAAUUAGAAUGAUAGAGACCAAUAGUUCUCGACACAGUGAUUAGUGACGAUUCUCUCUGACCAAUCAGUAAUCUGCAGGUUUUCACAUCACCUCAGCUUACUUGGAACCUCGACUGAGGUAGUACUACAAAAAGUACUUGUUGUCAGGUACGACGGACUGUUUUUUGUAAUAGAAAACCAAAAAAGGCGAGUAGAGUAGGUACCGUGCAGUGGAAAAAUGCCAUAACAUUAACAUUGAUCAACAGAAACCUCAGUAUGGCUGGGGAUGGUACAUUUUUCACUUGGCUACCCCUUUAAAAUUCUAUUCAUGAUUAAUGAAACCUCUAACCAUUUUCAUAUUUAACAAAGGUCAAUCAGACAAGACACUUAUAUAUGUCAUAGGUCUUAAAUAUACAAUACAAUAUAAUGACAUAUUGUGGUUAAAGAGGAAAAUCUAUUUUUAACCUACAUACUGUAGAUGAUAAAUCAUAUUCAUCUUUACUCUCUUAAGAUUUUACCUACUUUCUGUCGUGUGCUUUUGUUGGGGAGAAGAGGUGGAUGUGAAGGGCAAAAUUAAGUGUGAACCCUCAUGUGCAAGGUAAAUAUGAUUUUUUUUUUGUGUUACUAUCAGAAUGAUAGAAAUGGAUAGUUCUUGUUCACUUCUGUUCUUCACUAAGAUUUUAAGUACUUUCUGUUGUCUGCAUUUGUUUUGUUGGGACAGAGAGGAGAGGAGAUGUAUGGUUUUCAAUCCUGAUUUCAUCUGAUAUGUCAAAUGCUUGUAACUAACCUAGUUCUGGGGAGUUCACUCCCCAAAAUCCUUUUGUGUAUUUUUUGCCCAGCAUAUUUUCUUACACCCUACUACGCUCUGCGAUGCCCUGCCAUGCCCUGUGAUGCCCUGUGAUGCCUUACAAUGCCCUGCCAUGCCCUGUGAUGCCCUGUGAUGCCUUGCCAUGCCCUGUGAUGCCCUGUGAUGCCCUGCCAUGCCAUGUGAUGCCCU